GACGACGCCGCCGCCGCCGCUUGACUGGCAGCCGGGCGAGCGACGACCUGUUCUAGGUCGCUAAAUGCUGCUAUCAUCUGCAGUGCUGGCAAGCGCGGUCGACAGGAUAACAGUAUUGCCCCCGUAACGAGCCGCCAACUCCUCGACUGUCUCUUCGUGUAGAAUCGUGCAAAGUGUCUCCUGGACCCGAACAAAACACACCGGCAGACGCAUUCGUGUUUGACAGCUCCACAGAUGCCGUCAUGAGCUGCGUCCUGAACGUCAGGAUUCCGCACCGGCCGGAAUACGAAAAAUUGCAUCACAACUUCGAGCAAGAGAGCAAUAUCAAAAAGCAGUCGGGCGUCGUGUGCCAGGCCGUCGGACUCGAGCCCGAUGAGUACCGUUUCGCCUACGAGAAGGACGGCAAGAUAUUUUACUAUACCGAAGACAAUAAAGACCAACUUCGAGACGGAGACACCGUUCUGCUGAUGCGCUCUCCGACGCUCAUCGCUCAAACUGCGAAGAACGAUCUCGAUUCGUACGGAAAGAAUAAGGCUCUGGACGACCUCGACAACUUCGUUCAUUGCCCUAAGUUCAUUGAGCGAUUUAUAGCCGUUGAAGGUAUGCAGUCCCUGACGAAAGCAGUUGCUGGCGGUCAUUUCAACGGGCCCGCCAUGAACAAAGCCUUGAAACUCAUACGCGUUCUGCUGGUGAAGGGAGUGGACAAAGAUCAUUUCUACACAGACGAGUUCCUGAAGAGACUCUGCGCGGAGCUCACACCCUGUCCCGAACACAUCGCCAACAUCGAGAUCACUCUCGCGGUUCUUUCGUUGCUGGCGCGCAUCAAGCCCGACGAAAUUUUCCUCUACAUGCCUCUCAACUGCAUCGCCGAAAAUCUCUCGCACGGUCUGGCCGAGGUGCCGAAAAACACUCUGAUGCUGCUGAAUGCCCUCCUGAGCCAUUUGAACGAGAUCGAUCAGCAGGAGCUGGUCUCAAGCAUUUUGGAGAUUUCCGAUGAGUUUUCGGAGAAGUUGUUGGCUCGCUACGCCGAAGGCCGUCAACGUCGGGACGCCUGCUUGCAUCGACAACUGCGCCUUUUCCAAACAAGACUUCUCCGGGGUCGAUAUCUGCCAAUGUACCAACAGGGUCGAGACGACGCUCACGUACGGGAAUUCCGCGCGUUCCUCGAGCAGAUUCUCAACACCCAUCUGGGCCGGCCCGACCCCAACAGCAAGCGCUAUAUCGACGCGGUCAAGAGAAUCGGCGGCACCGCCGAGGAAUAUGAAGACGUACUCAGACCGGGCGAGAAAUUUUUCAUUACAUUCCGGCAAAUAGACGGCCUCACCCUCCAUUGUGUUAAGCACUUCGAGACACACCAUUCCACGGUUCUAUACCCGUGGAUGAAAGAGAUUAACAUUGUUCCAUCGGAAUAUAUUUGUCCGUUGCUGCAAAGCUCCAUCCUACUCACUGAUCUCAUGGUGGACAUUCUUCACAUAACGUCGGACCCUCCGGACGAGGAGGCGGUAGCGUUGCGGAUGUUUUUGACAAAUAUGAGACUUUUCCUCGAGGAAUUCUUCUCGAUCGGUCUGAAACUUGUCCUCAAAACGUGGCGCGAGAUGCGAGCGCGAUCUGGAGACAUACAGAAGGUUUUCGCGAUCGUCCGCGAGCAACUGACGUUGGCAUUAGAAAACCAAAUGACAUGCUGGUCCUUCGAGCAACUGCAGGCGAUGCUUUACGCCACACCGUAUACACUCAUCUCUCAAAAACUCGAAGCUGAGCAAGCGAAACUUCGGGAAGACCCGAAACGAACAGACUUGCUGACAAGGCAGCUGAACGAGAAAAUUUGGAAGCUGGUGAAAGAAUCAAAAAUUACGAAGUUGAUCGAAGGCCUCGAGUUCUCGCGAAUAAAUGACCGCGGGAGCCGUGUCAAGAACAAAACCGUGGUGGUACGACUCGCUCACGACAGACAUCAGAUACGGGUCAUAAUUGAUCAUCGAACGGUGGCCAUUCCGUUGGGUGAUGUUCUCAGAAUUGAAACCAUGAAGCAGUGUCAACACUAUCGCAAAGACGAUUACGCUCUCACGAUCCUAUCGAAAGACUCGGCUCAAGUACAGGUCGCUACGACGAACAGGGAAACCUUUGAGGAUAUCUGGGACGCCCUCCACGCCCUCACAGGUCUCCGACUCGAGAGUGAUUCGGCUCAAAGCGAUUUCCGUCUUUUGAUGGAACUUGAAUUGAAGCUGGCCUCGCUCGAAUUGGAGGGGAUCGAGUUGCCGGAAACUCCACCUGCCGUUCCGAACGACCCGGAUGACCUCGAUUUCCGAGCUCUUUGGAAUGGCUGACUCGGAUGCGUUGA